AUGAACUCGGGCAGGGAAGUCACCUACCAUCGUGAUUUUGUGGACAUGGAUCCGGCUAAGAUCGUCGAUUGCAUGGCUGACCAGGAUCAAACUGGUGAAAGGCAGGCAGAUGAAAAGACAGGUGACAGCUGCAGCACAGUGAUGAAGGUGCGGCAGGGUGGUGUGCCAGGGGUGCCAGGUCAGAGCAGGGUGCAGCAGGGGCAGGAGACCAUCACCCUGGUGCCCCACGCACCCUGCCACAGCGACCCAGAAGAGGAGCUGGUCACCAUCACCACACAGGCCACCCCUGGGGCACGCCAGGCCCGCGACAGGGUGGUGGUGCAGGCCAUACCAGGGAUCCUGGUGACAGACAUCAGUGCUGGGGCCUGUACUGCUGCCACUCAGAGCCUGGAUGGUGCCACGCUACCAGGGGUGCCUGCCUCAGACGCCCCCUGCUACACCACCACCACCACCAGCACCACCACUCAUUGUGUGCCUCGUGACGCCCCAGCAAAGCCCCCCACUACCCUGCUGUGGCGGAGGGGCGUGGUGUCCAGGCGGGGGUGCCGCUUCAGGGCCCAAACUGCAAAACACCCCCAUACCAACAGCAGCAGGGCAGCAGCAUCUCCGGACACCGCUGUGGGGCAAGGUGAGAGUGUGCUUGGGGAUUCAGUGCAUGGGCAGGGCACUGCAGUCACACCAGACACCCUCACCUGUGAGUCCAGGACCACACUCACCACCUCCUCACAGCCUGCACUCCCUGCCACCCCUGCCCGUGACCUUCCUGCCAGACCCUGUCGUGUAGGGAGUGCCUGCCCUGAUGAGGGCUCCACCACACCUCCAACCACCUGUUCCUUCUGCAGGCGUGUGUCGAACAUCCUCACCAUCUUCAACCUGAAGGCACCUCUUCCCCAUAGCCUGCUGGAGACAGCCUCACUCCUGCAGUGCUUGGGACUGACCCCUCCGGCAGGUGCCACACCCACCAAUAGUGCCGGCCUAGCUACACUGUGCCAGGAGUGCCAUGCUCUGCUGUGUGAGGGGGAUCAGGCAUACCACCACUUGAUGGAGGUGGUGGUUGGCAUGAAGCAGUGCUGGGCUGGCCUGGAGGCAAGGGUGCCACCAGUGCCAGGUGCACACCAUAGGAGGAACAAGAAGCAUCAAGCACCAGUGGGGGCCUGCCUGGAGGUGAGGGUGCCACCAGUGCCAGCCAUACAGCAGGGGAGCAACAAGAAGCAACAAUCACCAGUGAGGGUCGCCCUGGAGGCGAGGGUGCCACCAGUGCCAGCCACACACCAGGGGAGCAACAGUGACCAGCAAGCACCAGUGGGGCCCUCACCUGCCCCAGCCCAGAGCACCAGGAGGCUGCGGCCCAUCCUGCCCAAGCCCACGAGUCCCGUGUCCUGUGGGUUGUGUGGGGUGCACCUGGCCAGACUGGAGGAGUGGCACCUGCACAUCACCACACACCACAGGCUCAGCCCCAGGUGGAGGAGCCCCAGGCUGCAGGCUGCUCUCAAGAUGUGUCUGGCCAGGGAGCUGCAGCAUGGCAGUGGGUUGCAGGGCACAUGGUGCUGCCCAGCCUGCAGCUGCUCCUUCCCACAGCAGGAGGAGUUCCUGGAGCACCUGCGGGGUCACCACAGCAUGACUGUGGACAAGGACUUGCUGGUCUGUAUUGGUGGAGGUGCUACUGGGGCUGGACAGGGCACAGCAGGGCAGUGGAGAGGUAGUGGUGGUGGUGCCUGGAUGGGGAAGGAGGAAGAGGUGGAGGAGGUGAUAAAGAAAGAGAUAGAGGAGGAAGAGGAAAUAAUAGAAGAUGAGGAGUUAAUAGAAGAGAAUGAAAGAAUACUGAAAGAUGGAGAACAAGAGAAGGAGGAGGAGGAGGAGGAGGAAACUGUGGAAGAAGAGGAGGUAGGGGAAGAGGAAAGAUUAAGGAGCAGAGUAAACAGCCUCCUAGAGGAACAGCAAACACAGCCUGACUUGGAAGAGUGUGGCAGGGAGUCAGAGAGCAGGGGGGCACACACCAUGCAGGGUGAUGCAGGGCUGGGGCGUGGGGCCAGGUGGAGGUGUCGUGUGUGUGCGGCGGUGUUCUCCUCACAGCAGGAGCACGACACUCACAAGACUGCCAUGCAUCCUGGCUCAGUGAGGGCCAAGCGGGGCACCACACGGCCUGCUGCCCCACACCAACCUUCCAGGAGGGGCAGACCAGUAGAUGGGGAUCAUCAGGACCAUGAGCGGCCUGCUGUUGCCUGCCAGGAGGGUGCCAUUGUCAUCCUAGAGGGUGACGGGCAAGGGGGCGUAACCCAUCACCGCCUGCAGCCCAGCGCCAUCACAGAGGACCUGCAGGGGCCAGCCCAGCAAAACACCCUGCCCCUGACAGGAGGUGCAGUCAGCUUGCCCUGCCCAGUUUGCACAGAGGUGUUUGGUGAUCGGCUGUCGCUGGUGCGGCACCGACGUGCAGCACACCCCCAGGCAGGGCCUGGGAAUGGCGUGGUGCUGGUGGAGUGCCCACUGUGUGGCCGCCGCCUGGCCGGUUCCCCUGCACUGCAGCACCACAUGGCCAGGGUGCACCACCACCCCUCACACCCCCCACUGCGCUACCGGUGCCGCCUGUGCCUGUGCCAGUGCCACACACGGCCCCAGCUGGAGCGACACAUGCGAGAGCGGCAUGGGGCACCACCACCGCCACCCCCAGUGCAAUGUGGGCGGUGUGGAAAGACGUACAGUGCCCGCUACAUUGACAGCCACCUGGCCAACAUGCAUGGGGACGUGACACGCUUCCCCUGCGCCUUCUGCCCUAUGAAGUUUGGGACACGCACCGGCCUGCGGGCACAUGUGUCCCUGGAACACGCCAACACGACCUGGGCAUGCCAGGAGUGCCCGCUGCAGUUCGCCAAGUACCACCAGCUGCGGCAGCACCGUCUGUACGUGCACAGCCACGCGGAGCACCGCUGCCCUCUGUGUCCCCGCUCCUUCAAGCGCCGCUGUGACCUGACAGAGCACACCAAGCGUCGCCACCAAGAGCGGCAGCCCCAGGAGUGCUCCUUCUGCCCCAAGGUGUACAGUGACAGGAAGCGCCUGCGCAUCCAUCUCAUGAGGAAGCAUGGCGUUGCCUGGGAGGACACCCUGGCACGGGGGUAUGCCCGGCGGCAGAGGGAAAACAACUGUCUGCGACGCCGCCACCACCAGCAGCACCAGCAUCCCCACAGCCCUCAGGAGGAAAAGCAGCAGGCCCCAAGGGAGGACAGUGAAGGAUGCCAGGGAGGCAUGCUGGAGGGGCAGCCAGAGUACAGUGUGGUGCACCUCACUGAGGCACCACACCCUCUGGCAGACACUAUCAGCUACAUUAUCCUGGAGGAGACCUAGGCCAGGCCCCUCACCCUGCAGGGCCUCAUAACGGGGAAGGGUGUGCAGUGAAGGGUGAGUAGACCUCACCACCUCACCCUAACACAUCCUGAUACACCACACAGCCACACAUCUUGCCCACCCUCCAAGAAGUGAUGGUGUUGGUCUGGUGUUGUAGUGACCACUGCAGGUAUCUCAAGGGCACCACUCCCAGCAGUGUGCUCAUCAAUGGUUGUGUUAACUUGUAAUUUUAUUAUUAAAAAGUUUUUUACAAAAAUUUUUCAAAA